AUGUCAGUGCUAAGCCAGCUGCUGCUCAACUUCAACCAGAAAGCCCAGACCAGGAGCCACCACAACAUAGAGCUGAUAAAUUCGUUCAUAACAUAACGAUAAGCCGACCUGCUCCUGCUUCACCUGAUCUAUCAUCGUCCAACGUUGGGGAGAAAUUUGCAAACAUUUUUUACCGGAAGAGAAAAAAGAAAUCAAAUCAAAGG